AUGUCUGAAAAAACAAAUUCAAACACAACAAUCAAAAUUGAACAAAAUGAAUAUCCUCAAGUCAAACAAGAACUUGAUGAUUAUGAAAUAGCAGAAAUAUGCCCAGAAAGCAAAGAAAUAUGUCUACAGCGUUUCUUAAAAUCUGAGGUAACAGUUGAGGAAGAAAUAAAGAAAGAACCCAGUGAAUACCAAGACACUGUGCCAAAUCCUAACGAAACAAAUUUAAAUCAAACAACCCUUAACUCCAAACAAGUCCAUGAAUGCAUAAUAUGCAAUAAAACAUUUAAAACAAAAAAAUACUUAAACCGACAUGGAAUUGUUCAUAGUGAAGAACGCAAUUUUAAAUGUACCAUAUGCCACAAGGCAUUCAGAAGAAAAGAUGUUCUAAGGGUACAUGAAAGGGCCCACUCUGGAGUACGCCCUCAUGAGUGUGCGAUAUGCAACGAAGCAUUCUCCUCCAAACAAAGUUUAAGUCAACACAAAAUGCUUCAUACCGGAGAACGUCCUUAUACAUGUAAAAUAUGUAAUAAAGCAUUCAUCAAAAAACACGAUUGGCAACAACAUGAAUCCACCCACACCAAAGAAAGCAAUUUUAAAUGUACCAUAUGCAAUAAAUCAUUAGCAUCAAAACAUGUAUUAAUCCGACAUGAAAUGCUUCAUACCAAAGACCGUCCUUACAAAUGUGAAAUAUGCAAUAAAACAUUCAUAACAAAAUAUGACAUGAAAAGCCAUGAAAUCACACAUACUAAAGACACCAAUCAUAAAUGUACAACUUGCAAUAAAGCAUUUGCAACAAAACGAUUAUUAAUCAAUCACCAAAUGACUCAUACUGGUGAUCGUCCUUAUAAAUGCGCAAUAUGCUAUAAAGCAUUUAUAACAGAGUAUAAAUUAAAACUACAUGUAAAGAUUCACACUGGAGAAAACCUUCAUAAAUGUUCGAUAUGUGGUAAAGGAUUCAUAACUAGACGAUUAUUAAUCCAUCAUGAAAUGACUCAUACCGGAGAGCGCCCUUAUAAAUGCAAAAUAUGCCAUAAAGCAUUUAUAAUAGAAUACAAAUUAAAAGUACAUGAGAAGAUUCAUAAUAGAGAAAACCUUCAUAAAUGCUCAGAAUGUGAUAAAGGAUUCACAGCAGGAUAUAUAUUAAAACGGCAUGCAAAGAUCCAUUCUGAACAAAACAAUCAAUGA